AAAAAAGAAGAAAGAGAGAGACUUCUUCAUAUACACUGUAUUUUUAAAAAAUAAUAAAUAAUUAAUACUAGUAAUUAUGAGGAGUUGUUCUUUGUUGUCGAUACGAAACUAAAAUACAUAAUAAACAAUCAAAAAGAGAAAAAAAGAAAGAAGGUCUGUGAGAUCCCAAUUACAAUUUCGCAAGGCUUUUUGCAAUUUCCAUCUGUCGCUCACCGGAGGAAUUAGAACGUGCUCCGAAUCUCUUCUCUUCCCCAAAUAGAUUCCGAUCGAUUACGCAACCAAAUUCUCGGCGUUUGAAUUUUUUUUUCCGGAGAACAGGUGGUUUCUUCUUCUCCAGGAAGAUUUUUGAUUCUUCUGUCGGAUGAUUUCUCAGUGAAAAUCAUGGAAUCGGUAUCAUCACGCGGCGGAGACCCCGUCGUAAAACCGUCGAUGGAGGUCUGGCAUUUCCAGAUUGCUGUCUAUUUCGCUUUCGGAUUCUUCUUCUUGAGGCUUGUCCUCGAUAGAUACGUCUUUCAAAGGAUAGCUCUUUGGCUUUUGAGUACUGGUUCUGCUCCGAUUAAAUUGAAUGAUGCUGCUACUCGGGCAAAAAUCGUCAAAUGCAAAGAGUCCUUGUGGAAAUUGUUGUAUUAUGCUGCUUGUGACUUUUUCGUUCUACAAGUCAUUUAUCACGAGCCGUGGGCUAGAGAUAUCAAACUCUACUUCCACGGUUGGCCUAAUCAAGAGUUGAAGCUUUCAAUAAAGCUUUACUAUAUGUGCCAGUGCGGUUUUUAUGUGUAUGGUGUGGCUGCGUUGCUUGCAUGGGAGACAAGAAGAAAGGAUUUUGCUGUCAUGAUGUCUCACCAUGUAAUUACAAUCAUCCUGCUUAGCUACUCCUACUUAACCAGUUUUUUCCGGAUUGGAGCAAUCAUCCUAGCCCUUCAUGAUGCAAGUGAUGUCUUUAUGGAAACUGCUAAAAUUUUCAAGUACUCUGAAAAAGAAUUUGGAGCAAGUGUAUGUUUUGCAUUAUUUGCUGUCUCCUGGCUAUUGCUACGGUUGAUAUACUUCCCAUUUUGGAUCAUCAGGGCCACGAGCAUUGAACUCCUGGAUUAUUUGGAUAUGACAUCAGCUGAAGGCACAUUGAUGUACUAUUCUUUCAACACUAUGUUACUAAUGCUGCUUGUUUUCCACAUAUAUUGGUGGUAUCUCAUUUGUGCCAUGAUUGUAAGACUACUUAAAAACAGAGGAAAAGUUGGAGAAGACAUAAGAUCCGAUUCAGAGGAUGAUGAUGAUUAGUCUUGUAAGAUACGGAACAUGUUUCCACUUCUCCAACCAAACCAUUUAGCUGCUGAAGAAUUUGUUUUCAGCUUCAUUACCUUACUGACUAGCGUUGGAGGUAAACAAAAAAAAGAAGAAAAGGUUAUAGAUUUUUUUUCAGUUUUGUAUUGGUCUGAGUCCAUUUCGACAUUAGACUGCAUAUUCUCUUUGACAUAUAAGAAAAAAAAAACAGAAACUCUGGGUUUCUUGUGUUGUUCGGUGAUGUAUAAAACAAUAUUGGAAGUCUCUCUGUAAAUGCAAUUCCUCAUUGUAUGGUUUUCAACACCAUAGCCUUUUGUUAUGGAGCUCACUCUUGAAAAUUUUAUCUGUUCAGUGGUUGCUUAUAUUCAUUAGUUUUAUUU